AUGAGCUGGUGGUGGGCUGGAGCAAUCGGCGCGGCCAAGAAGAAGCUCGGCGACGACGAUGCGCCCCCGAGGCACGAGAGCGUGGCCCUGAUCGUCGGCGUCACCGGAAUCGUCGGCAACAGCCUGGCCGAGAUCCUCCCCCUCUCCGACACCCCCGGCGGCCCCUGGAAGGUCUACGGCGUCGCCCGCCGCCCCCGCCCCGCCUGGAACGACGACAACCCGAUAACCUACGUCCGGUGCGACAUCUCCGACCAGGAGGACGUCCGGGCCAAGCUCUCCCCCCUCUCCGACGUCACCCACGUCUUCUACGCCACCUGGGCGAACAGAUCCACCGAGGCCGAAAACUGCGAAAUCAACGGCAAGAUGCUCCGCAACGUGCUCGACGUCGUAAUCCCCAAUUGCCCCGAUCUGAAGCACAUCUGCCUGCAGACAGGCCGGAAGCAUUACAUCGGCCCAUUCGAGGCCUUCGGAAAAAUCAAAACCCUAGAUCCGCCGUACAGCGAGGAUAUGCCCCGUUUGGAUUGCAAAAAUUUCUACUACACACAGGAGGAUAUCCUGUUUGAGGCUGUGGAGAAGAAAGAAGGCCUGACCUGGUCAGUUCACCGGCCCGGAAACAUAUUCGGCUUCUCCCCUUACAGCUUGAUGAAUUUAGUCGGUACCCUUUGUGUUUACGCAGCUAUUUGCAAGCAUGAGGGUAAGGUUAUGAAGUUCCCUGGCUCUAAGGCUGCCUGGGAUGGAUAUUCGGAUUGCUCGGAUGCAGAUUUGAUUGCCGAGCACCAGAUUUGGGCAGCAGUCGAUGCCUAUGCGAAAAACGAGGCGUUUAACGUAAGCAAUGGGGAUGUUUUCAAAUGGAAGCACUUCUGGAAAGUUCUGGCCGAGCAGUUUGGGGUCGAGUGUGGGGAGUAUGAGGAAGGUGAAAGUUUGAAGCUUGAGGAGUUUAUGAGAGAUAAAGGGCCCGUUUGGGAUGAGAUUGUGAGGGAGAACGGGCUGAGCCCGACUAGGCUAGAGGAUGUUGGGAAUUGGUGGUUUGUUGAUCUCAUAUUGGGGAGUGAGUGUCCUUUGGACACGAUGAACAAGAGUAAGGAGCAUGGUUUUCUGGGAUUUAGGAAUUCCAAGAAUUCGUUUGUGUCGUGGAUUGAUAAGGCGAAAGCUUACAAGAUUGUGCCUUGA